AUGAACAAUCAGCGAAGAGAGCACGAACAAAAUACCCCCGAAAGGCGUAUCAAUAAUAUGCUUGACUGGAGCAAAGUGACACCUUACGAUUUCAUGCGAAUGCAGAACUGCAAGACGUUCAAGGUUCUCAAGUGCGAGACUUAUCCCAGCAUCAAGCCGCCAAUAUCCCAGUGCAGUACUGCGCAGACAGCUGAGUGGUUAGCCGAUGUGGUUGAGGACGCUGGCUGCGGACGAUACUUUGAUAUGGAGCAGGACGAUGUCAUGGACGUCUGGAAAGAAAGCCCAAAUAAGCAGACGCUGAGCUACUACGGGGUGGCCUCGGCCAUGCCCCAACCGGAGGCAGCCUUGUUCAACCGGGUGAUCGCAAAAUCUCUCGAAAAGGCAACCGCAGUGAAGCCUGCAUCGCGCAAGCCCGAGGCCACAAAGCCGCAGAUCAUGCCAUAUACCUCAUGGCCCUGUGGGAAAUUUGUGCUCAAUCGUCAGUUGCUGCAGGCAAAAGUCACCAAAAUGCCUACAGUACAAAGAAAACUGGCUCCAACCGAGGCAUUCACCAUGCUGCACUGCCCCCAUCCGACAGAAACUGAGCACCCGUUUCUCGAAAGCCAACCCAAAGUUCCGUUAACAAGUUCCCUCGAUAUGGACCGACCUGUUCCAAGGCCCAAGCACGGUCUUAGGCGCAAACACAAAUAUUGCGAAUUGCAAUGUCAUAUUCCCGAGAAUAAAUGCACGGACUAUGAACGGAGAAAAUACAAACAAGAUGCCAAGCCCAUUGAUGAGGCCUUUGCGAAGGAGAUGGAAGAGAUGGAGAAAGGAGAACCCGAGCCUAGAAACUACGAUGAGCUAUACUCACACCUAGUGACAUGCUUUGAAACUGAGGACAAGGACAAGGACAAGGACCCACUGUGUGAUUAUUAUGAAAAGUGCUGUAUCCCACCCCCGAAAUAUGCUCCGGAGGUUCCCAGUGGUCAAGGAGGCUCGCGUGUACCCGAAAGAGGUGUUCACCGUCGCCCUCCCCAAGUCGGUCGCCCCCCACAUGAUGUUGGUCCUGAAAAACCAGUGGGGCCUGAGCCACAAAUACCCAAACCACCCUCGAUAGUGGGCGGUGAAACUGGCGAUGGAACGCAGCCAGAGCCUCAAAAAGACAAGCCAGUUAAAGAAAAACCAGCCAAGGAAAAACCAAUCAAAGUAAAACCAGUCAAAGAAAAACCUAUUAAAGAAAAACCCGUCGAAGAUAAAGAGGAAAUCCCAAAAAAAGAAAAACCAGUUAAGGAAAAACCUGCCGAAAAGCCUGUUGACACCUCGGAAGCAGACCUCCCCCCUGCAGAAAAGAAACCCGAUAGAGAUGGAAGGUCACAGAGGCCAGAAAAACCUUUAAAAAAACGACCUCCCCUAAAAACGCCCGAAAUAGUACCUGAAGAAGGGCCGCCACCAGAACCCGUUCCAAGUGAAAGCCCUAUGCCUGAAAUGCCUAAUCAGCCGAGAUGGCCUAGAAGACAAACUGAAUUAAGAAAACCACCCAAAAAGCACCCAAAACGUCCUAAAAAACCCAAACUUGCUGCACCACCUGCACCUACAGAUCCGUGUGAGCCGGCCAAAGACUGUCCCUGUGAAAUUUGCGAAUUCAUGAAACGGCGACAGAAGGAGUCGGACACCCCACUAAUUCGUCAACUAAAGCAGGAAGAGAAGCGGCGGCAGCUGCGGGAUUACUACAAACGGAUGUGCCAUCGCGAAUAUCUCAAAUGGCGGAAGCCCGAGUACCGCGCUCCCCAGCACAAGUGCGAUGGCAUUGUGUGCGACAAUAUCUUCUGUCGGAACCCCAAAUUAGGGGAGUACUGCGAGUGCUUGGAUGCCAUGCAGAAGCUGCAAAAGUUGCUUGGGCCCAAACAUCGUAUUGUGAAGAAUGAGCUGAUAUUCAAUGUAGAGGAUCUGAGGCGUCGCAUAUGUAGGCGUUUUUGUGACUGCCUUUAG